UUCCAGUUCCGGGCCCGCUGGGACUCGGAGCUGCACCGGGAGGGAGUCUCUCACUACAGGCUCUUCCCCAAGGCUCUGGGUCAGCUCCUCUCCAAGUACCUGGUGCGGGAACUGCACCUGUCCCUCACCCAGGGCUUCUGGCGAACGCGGACCUGGGGACAACCCUACUUGCAAGCUCCAGCCGGGGCUGAGCUCUGGGUCUGGUUCCAGGACACUGUGACCGAUGUUGAUAAAGCCUGGAAAGAACUUAGUAAUAUCCUCUCUGGGAUAUUCUGUGCCUCUCUGAACUUCAUUGAUUCCACCAACACCGUCACUCCAACAGCAUCAUUCAAACCUCUGGGUUUGGCUAAUGUUACAGAUCACCAUCUCCUGAGAUAUGCUGUCUUGCCCCGGGAGGUUGUCUGCACUGAGAACCUCACACCUUGGAAAAAGCUGCUGCCAUGUGGUUCAAAGGCUGGUCUUGCGGUGUUGCUGAAGGCAGAACGUUUGUUCCACACAAGUUACCACUCCCAGGCAGUGCAUAUUCGCCCCAUCUGCAGGGAUGCUUUGUGUCUCAGUGUCUCCUGGGAGCUCAGACAGACGCUUACCGUGGUCUUUGAUCUCUUUUUGUGUAUUUCUCCUCCAGACUGGUCCCUUUUUAAGAUGUUCUCGCGCACCAUCACUGAUGCUUGUCCUCUUGCAUCUGAGAGCAAAAUCUAUGUUGAUAUUUCUAGUAAGACCCAGGCGAAUGAACUGCUGGAGGUAACCCCGUCCCCACUGUCUUUGCAUGAAGCAUCUGUGCAAGGAGACAGGAGAACCUAUGCAGUCUACGACUUACUGAGCCCACUGCUCUUUAAUGCAUCUCGCAGCCUCAAUGUGCAGCUGAAGUGGAAACGUCCGCAGGACAGCUCGGAUCUGUCAACUCCUGUGCUCUAUGCUCAGCGUUAUGUGAGUGGAUAUGGCCUGCAGACAGGGGAAAUCUGCACCCUGGUUUAUAACACCCACCCAUACCGGGCUUUCCCUGUGAUACUACUGGAGACGGUGCCCUGGUAUCUGAGACUCUAUGUUCACACUUUGGUUAUCACCACCAAGGGAAAGGAAAACAAACCAAGUUAUAUCCACUACCAGCCGGCUCAGGACCGAAGGCGGCCCCAUCUGCUGGAGAUGCUGAUCCAGCUCCCAGCAAACUCUGUCACCAAAAUCACCAUCCAGUUUGAGAGAGCCUUACUGAAGUGGACAGAGUAUACCCCUGACCCCAACCAUGGCUUUUAUGUUAGCCCAUCUGUCCUGAGUGCCCUGGUGCCAAGUGUCAUAGCAAUGAAUGCAGAAGAUGCAGAGCAGAGUCCUCUCUUCACCUCGCUGUGAGUGGACCUUGUCUCUGACCAUGGGGGNUACUUUGUGCGUCUCUACACGGAGCCACUACUGGUGAACUUGCCAACCCCUGACUUCAGCAUGCCAUAUAACGUCAUCUGCCUGACCUGCACUGUGGUGGCCGUGUGUUAUGGCUCCUUCUACAAUCUGCUGACCAGAACCUUUCAUGUGGAAGAGCCAAGCAGGGAUGGCUUAGCAAAGCGACUGGCCAACAUUAUCCGCAGAGUCCGAGGGGUUCCACCCCUUUGAGAGGAGCCAACUCAGCCAGUGCAGUUGGCAUGUAAUGUGGGCUUCAGUGGGAAUGCUGUAGCCAGGGCUUGCAGGGAAAGCAAGGGGACAAAAAACAUUGCUGCUUUACCUCCUCCUGAAGAGAGGAGAGGCGCCCUGCUGCCUCAUGUACCUCUGUCUCCUGGAGUCCUUGAAACUAACAGGUCAGAGAACUUCCACCAGUUAAGAGGCUGCUGGGAAUUGUCACAGGGAAAUGCAGAGCCAAAUAAUCAGGAAAGAAGUGUUAUAGUCCAGUUCUGGGGAGGGGUAACUUAUGUUCUGUAAAAAGAUUCAAGAAAUAAAUCUGAGCUGUUUUUGUAGGCCUGUG